UGUUUGUCGUGUACUCUGUGUAGACGUAGCACUGGCACGUUGCAUCGUGCCCUCUAUACUCUAUGGUAACACCUCUAUAGUCUAUGGUCGUGCUCUAUGGUUUUCAGUAAUAAAGCGCCAAGUCGAAUUAUACGGUCGGUUGUUUCAUUGCAAUUAAUAAUUAAUCUAUAUUAUAAAUAUCUAUCACUGUCGAACGAGGAUAAUCUACUCACGUGUUGUAAAAACGGAUAACAAUGGCGUUUUUGGGUAAUUUGGCUACUUUCGACCACAAAUCGUGCGAGUGGGACAUUUUCAAAGGACGCUUGGUACAAUUUGUGAAAGUUAACAAAGUGGAAGAAGACUGUAAAAGUGCCAUUCUCAUAACGCAUCUUUCCGAUGAAUCAUACCGGCUAGUUCGAAAUCUUGCUUAUCCAAGCGAUGUGGAUAAGUUAAGCUACGAGGAAUUGGUGGCUUUACUCGACGCUCACUUCAAGCCUAAACAAUGUUCCUUCGUGGACAUGGCUAAGUUUCACGGGGCGACUCGAAGUGCAGGCGAAAGCUUAGGGGACUGGGCGGCGCGACUCAGAGGUCUAGCAAGCUAUUGUGACUUCGGCACAGCCCUGGAGACGAACCUCAGGGACCGUUUCGUCCUCGGCCUGGGCUCAGGUCCCGAACGCGACAAAUUGUUUGAGCAAAAUCCAACAGGAUUAACAUUUGCUCGGGCAUUGGAGUUGGCGCAACAAGCGGAGUGUACAAGGGAGGCGAAACAAUUUGAUAAAUUGGUCAUCAAGGAAGAACCAAUAUACCGUGCUGCGUUUGAUGCUAAGUCUCAGCGCGAUGGUGGCCCGCGUCGCGGCGGCGGCGGCGGCGGCUACAGCGGCGGCGGCGGCGGCUCGAGCCGCGCUGGCGGCGGAGGCGCGGGAUACAGCGGCAGCGGCGGCGGCGCCCCGGGCUCAGAGACCCGGUGCAGGGUGUGUGGUAUGAAGAACCACUCAGAAGAUACGUGCCGUUUUAAAAAUUACAAGUGCCAAAAGUGUAGAUCUAAGGGCCAUUUAAGAAAAGUGUGUACUAACAAAAACUCAAGAAUAAACAAUAUUGAGGAUGACGAUAAUAACUCGGGGUGUGAGGAAUGCCAGAACUUUAAUAUAAGGUUUCAAAAUUAGUGUGGAGGAGUGAUGUGUUUGUCGUGUACUCUGUGUAGACGUAGCACUGGCACGUUGCAUCGUGCCCUCUAUACUCUAUGGUAACACCUCUAUAGUCUAUGGUCGUGCUCUAUGGUUUUCAGUAAUAAAGCGCCAAGUCGAAUUAUA